AUGUCGACAACUGCUUAUCGAAGUACCCAUUCUUCAAGAUCAUUUACACGGCAACAUAUUCGAACAUCAUCAACAAAUACUAUUCUUCCAACCAUGACAAACGACCAUACACGAUUUCAAUCGCAAAAGAAUGCUAUUCCUCCACCGGUGCCACGCAUACGUGCAUCAUUAUCAACUAAUUCAAUAAAUUCAUCAAAAACUUCAUCGCCCAUAAAUGCAUCUCCAUCCCUUCCAUCUGAAUCAUUAUCAUCCUCAAAUGCUUCAAAUGAAAGUCCAACAAGUAGAACCUCUAAACAAACCUAUACAUUUAGUAAUCCACCACGUGAACUACAGCGACAAUCGAUACAAAAUAUGAAAUAUCUGCGACAAAAUCAUUUACGUCAACGUGUUUCAUCAGCACCGGAUGAAAAUUCAUUUCAAACCUCUCCACGUUCAAUUAUAAAUCAACAAAAACCAUCAUCAGCCAAUGAAUCAUUUACACCACGUUCACAUGAUGGUCAUCAUAUUCCACCAUUACCAAGAAAUCAUUUAUUAAAACGCGAUGAGCAACAAAAAAGUUCAUUAAAUGCUUUAAUUAAAGAACAAGAACGAUCAAAAGUUCCUAAAGCUGUACAAAAACGACGUAUUAUUUUACUUUUUCGUCGUUUGCCAACAUCAACAUCCCCAUUAAUAUCACCCAGACAAUUACAAAAUACUUCACCAAUUAAGCCAGAUAUUAUUUCAAAUCACGCUCGUCAACAAGACAAGAAAACUAAUGAUGAAAUUCAAUAUUUCACAAAUAAUAUUACAACAUUUCCUUCCUCAGACUCCUCCAUCAACGAUCCAUUUCAUGGUUUUGAUCAAGCUGAAAUAGCUGAUUCAAAACAAAUAGCUGCUAUACUUGCUAAUAUACAAUCAUUGGACGAAUGGAUUCCAAAUAGAUCCGAUAAUGGAGCUUCUCCACGGUAUCAACAAAAAGCUUUUGAUCCAACAAAAUAUGAAUAUGUUGCGAAAAAUUCUUUUGAUACAACAACAUUUAAACUUUCACCACGAACGCUAAAACCAGACGAAGAUCUAGCAGCACGCUCACGAUUUUCAGUAAAUUAUCGUUAUGAAAUGCUUUCAAGUGCUAAUGCACAAAUACCACCAUUGAUGGCAUCAAUUGUUACUGAAAAUAACAAUACGAUUGGAGGUGGUACUGUUUGUGAAAAGACUUUCACAUUUAGGUUGAAUUCGACAAUGACCAUGAAAAAGCAAAGUUCAUUUGAUGAUACUGAACCGGUAACAUCUACUAGUGAUGGCGAACAAGUUCAAUUAUGUUUCGAUGAAAUACUUAAAUGCUUUUAUGAUCCUAACACAGGCACAUAUUAUGAAUUGACGUCUGCGUGA